GAAUAUUCGGUUCAACUGACAUUUCGAGAACAAUGGCUUGACGAGCGGCUCAAAUUCAAUGAUUACGGAGGACGUUUGAAGUAUUUAACACUGACUGAAUCAACGCGUGUUUGGAUGCCGGAUCUCUUCUUUUCGAAUGAGAAAGAGGGACAUUUUCACAACAUCAUAAUGCCGAAUGUUUACAUACGCAUAUUUCCAAAUGGCUCUGUAUUAUACAGCAUAAGAAUAUCACUGACGUUGGCGUGCCCCAUGAAUCUGAAAUUAUAUCCUCUGGAUCGACAAAUCUGUUCAUUACGCAUGGCCAGCUAUGGUUGGACGACUGAUGAUUUGGUAUUCCUAUGGAAAGAGGGUGAUCCCGUCCAGGUGGUCAAAAACUUACAUCUUCCACGUUUUACAUUGGAGAAAUUUUGGACAGACUACUGCAACAGCAAAACGAACACCGGUAAAGCUGAUAAUGUAAUGGCCGUGGCUAAAGGCACUAUGCGUGUAAUACGCAGAGCCUGCGUAUUUCACGCAGGUCCUUCAUAUUACACGCAGGCUGUGUGUAUUACAUGCAAGCUCUGCACAUUACACGCAGGAUCUGCUUGUGCUACGCACGGAUACAAAAUAGUCCGUGUCUGA